AUGUGGACAUCCGAUUCCAAUAAAUCAUAUAUAACAGUGACGUGCCAUUUUAUAUUUGACGACCAAUUAUAUUCACCAGUAAUUGCAACUAAAGACGUUUCUAACAGACACACUGGUCAAAGUAUAGCCGCUACACUUACAAAUAUUUUUAAUGAGUGGAAUAUAGCAAAUAAAAUAAUAACUGUGGUAUCAGACAAUGGGUCAAAUAUUAAAAACGCAAUAAACGAACACCUUCUUAAACGCCAUCACCCAUGUGUGGCACACACACUAAACUUGAGUAUAAAUGAGGCAAUAAAUGGAAACUCUGAUAUAAAUCAAAUUUUAAAAAAAUGUAGGACGAUAGUAGGGUAUUUCAAGCACAUCAGCAAAGCUACUGAAAAACUCAAAGAUUUUCACUUGCAAAUGAACUUACCUCCAUUAAAAGUUAAGCAAGAUGUGCCUACAAGGUGGAAUUCUAGUUUUAUAAUGAUGGAAAGACUUGUAAACAUUAAAGCCCCUUUAUCUGCUACUAUGUCAACUCUACCUCGGGCACCAAAUUAUUUAAAUGCAUCCGAGUGGGAGAUAAUAUUAGAUUGUACUCAUAUUUUAAAGCCAUUUCAAAUAAUGACAGCGAAAUUAUCAGGUGAAAAGUACCCAACAUUAAGUGUGGUUAUAGGUUAUACCACUUAUUAG